ACGGCCCAGCAGCAGCAGAGCAGCCAGCCAGCAGCCAGCCAGUCCAGUGCUGAGUGCCGCCGUUGUAAGACGUGUCUGGACGUGCCUCUCGCUGCGGAUCUGCCGGAGAGGAGACCGGAGUGCCACCCGUCGUGUCAGUGUGUUUGUCAGUGCGUGUGUUUGUGUGGCGUGAGUGAGCGAGGCGGCUGUGGUCCGUUUGCCCGCGACCCCGACGACUUUGGAUACACAACCCGUCGAGCCGCGCCGUUGUGCGUCGCGUCGUCUCCCCGAGGACCUGCGCUGAGACCUGCUUGGAGGAGCGCCGGAGCGGCUUGCGUGACGCCAGCCAGAGUGACAGUGCGCACCUGUCGUGCCUUUGUGUGCGUGUGUUUGAGUGAGAGUGCGGAUUCGGAUUCGUAGCAGCUCGUCGCCGGCAGCGCGACUCUACAGUGCUGCAGACGCGGCAAGGAUUUUCUCGCUGAACGGACUAUGCUAAGGCUGUGAGAUGCUGUCCGCCGGACUUGCAGUGGAGCCGGCGCACCGGGUGAGCCAUGGCCUGGGCUCCUCGCUGGGGUCGGGCCUGGGCUCCGGCCUGGGCUCCACGCUCGGCGCGGGCCUGGGGCCGCCGUCCCACCACCCCAUGCUGCAGGCCUUCACCGGCGGCGAGUUUCUGCGGCCGCUGCCCCCACACAGACCUGGAGAGCCUGGUCCAGGGGCUGCGAUGUUUUCACCACCCAACCUUUAUUGGUUACACCACCAGCAGCAGCAACACAUAGCAAGUGUGACCAACUUUGUUCUCUCCAGGUACGCCGCCACCUCGCACCACCAUCGCGUCUCGACGGCGACGCCCAGCCCCCAGCAGUCACCAGUGGACCGGCGCUCGGCGCCGUCGCCCGCCCCCGUCAACCUGACGGCGCACAAGGAGGACAAGGACAGGCUGUCGGGGCACAGUAGUCACAGCAGCCACAGCAGCCACAGCAGCCACAGCAGCCAUAGCAGUCACAGCAUGGGCUACUACCAGCACUACCCCAUGUACCCGCCACCGUCGCCCUACUCGUCGUACACCAGCCGGCUGCCGCCGCCACCGGACGCGCCCACCACCUUCUCGCCGCCCGCGGCCUCCACCGCCCCCGCCGCCCCCCUGGCGCCGCCGCCCGCCCCCAAGCCGGCGCCGUCGUCCAGGUCGACGUUCAAGGUGCCCGUGCCGGGGCCGGCACUGUCCUCCAGCCGCCACGACGCCAGGCACCGCGUGAUGGCGCCCCCGCCGCGGCACCUCCCCUCCGCCGCCGCGUCGUCGGCGUCCGUGGCCGCGGCGUCGUCCAGCUUGCCGUCCAUGCCGUCACCCCCCAUGACGUCCAUGGCCUCCCCGGCGCCGGCGGCCGCGUCCAGGGCGCAGGACUACCGCUCCCCGCCGCCGCAGCCACAAACGCCGCCGCGGCAGACUUCACCCGGUGUGGCUGCCACCACCCUGCCGCAGUUCUGGAAGGGCUCUCUCAUCAGGCUGGCUACCGGGGAGCUGCGGAGAGUUCAGGAGAUGAAGGCGGAGGACUUCGUGGCCUCGGCGAACAGGAACCCCACCGUGAGGGCUGACCCCGCCACCGUCGUCAGGAUCGUCACCCAGCUCAACUCCAGGGUGUCCGUCACGCUGAGCGUCGACGGCAACGAGUCGGAAAUCGAGACCUCCUCGGAGCACCCCUUCUUCGUGUACGGCUUCGGCUGGUCGUCGUGCUCGCCCGAACGGGCGCUGCAGCUGCUGGGGCUGGACUGCCGGCAACUGCACGUGGGCGACGUGGUGGUGUCGCUGACGCAGCGCCAUCAGGAGGAGCAGCAGGAGCAGCAGCCGCAGCAGCCACAGCUACAGUUGCAGCCGCCACCGAGGCCGGCGCCCAAGGCACCGGCUGCGCGACGACCAACCAAGAAGCAGCAGCAGCAGCAGCAGCAGCAGCAGCAGCAACUACAGCAGCAACAGCAGCAGCUGCAGCUCCAGCAACAACAGCAGCAACAGCUUCAGCAACAGCAGCUGCAGCAACAGCAGCAACAGCUGCAGCAGCUUCACCAGCAGCAGCCACCGAAGCAGUACCACCACCACCUGCUGCUGCCGCCGCCCACAGGACUGCCGCGGAUUCUGCACCUUCCGGGGCCCGCCUCCACCCCGACGGCCUCCGCGACCUCCUCCAGCGUGGACGCGGCUGCGGCCUCCAAGAAGCGGCGCUGGUCCGCCCCUGACCAGCUCGCCGCCGCCUCCGAGGAAGGCCCCUCGGCGGUGCCAGCCUCCAAGCUGGCGCGAGUGCCAGAGUAGGGCACCUCGCGUCAAAUCCGCUUCGCUAUGACGCGUCCUGGCGGUCGACCUGGCGGCCACAGCCAGGAGCCAGAGCCGUCGAGCGAGUGUUACAAGUGCCCUCGGCUGCUGGUUCUGGCACCUCUCAUCAACGACGCUGUGGAGUUCCUAGCAUCGCAUACCCAAUGCUGUGUUUUGUUGUGAUCUCACUGCUCUAGAGUCCCUGGCUGGAAACUGACACAAAGAACGCUACCCUCUCAGCCUUUCCAAAGCAGGGGAGUGACGACAAGAAGGACAGGCCAGGGGCUCUGAUCUCACCGCAACCUUUGUUUUGUUUCUUCUUUUUUUUUUAGUUAGUGCUGUGAUGCGUUUAUGAAACGUGUUCCAGCUCAUGACUUGAUGCCAUGGUCAUCAGACCGCAUCUCUAGUGAUUUUAUUCAAAUUCAUCUGUUCGCUAAGAUCCAUUGGAGAAUAGAUAUUGAACCAUGUGUUGGUAAUCCAGUGAUUGCAGAGAUAUUAGUAAGUUAUUCUAUCUACAUAUGUAUAAAGUCUGUGUAGGUGGCUUGAUUCUUUUAUUUUUGUUUUUUAUCUUUUGCUCAUCAAACCUGAUAGAACUGAAGACAACAUCAGGCUCCAAUGUCUGGUUUAGUUGUCAAUAUUGCAUUAAUUUGUAGAGGCUCUCUUUAUUGUUGUGUAAUGCAUUUUUAUUGAAAUCGUACAAAGACUUCCUUUUGAAUAUAAAUAUAUUGUGUUUUAAUUUCUAACUGUAAUCAUUUAUUUUGACUGAAAAAUGCCUGUGUUAUUAUUUCUUCUGUUGCAACUUGACCCUUUUUUUUCUUUUUUUUUUUUUUCUGAGCAAUAUUUUUAAUUUAUCAUCUAGUGUGCUGAUGUUGAUCAAGCCCUUGGGCAAUACCUGGUGAAUGACUGUGCCAAAUCUAUUGCCAUACAAAAUGCCUCAUUUUAAGUUUAGAUCUGUGAAUGCACUUAACAUGGAUUGCGUACUUUUAGUCUCCUUAAUUGAAAUAUGUUGCUCUGUUCACGCUAAAAUACCUCAUGUGUUCGAGUCUUGAUUUAUUACGCUUUCUCUGUUAGUUGUGGUGCUUCUGAAUUUAUGCUUCUUAUUGUUCACAUAAUAUUCUAUGCUAGGAAUUUGCAUUCAGUGUCAAUAUUUUAGAGUAUACAUUUCUUCUCAAUGUUUCUGUAAUUUGCUUCGUAGAUUUUUUCUUAAAUAAUCAUUUUAAAAUUUGUAGGAGGUGGUGUAGUUGAUUUGAGGCUGCAGAGCUUUUGGUUUUGAUGUUGUGUGCAAUUAGCAUUUUAAAGGAUCUAUGCAAUUGUAGAAAUGAAAUUUUGUUUCAUAAUGCAGUUACCAAGUGCAUCAAUAUCUAAUAGCUUUUAAAUUCUUUUUGUAGGUAUUCAAUUAUCAAUCUCCUGUUCCUUAGACUUUGUGUGUCAAAUGGUUUAGCAGAUGCAAUGUCAAUGUGGCUUAAGAAUCAUAAUUGUGAAGCUUCUUAAUGAUGACUCUAUGGGUGGGUAGCCCCUUCUCUUGUGCCAUGCAAUAGGAUUUAAUUGUGAGCAGCAGCUUCAACCAAAUUAUUAAAUGGAUAUUUGUAGAGCCUUGUGGCCUCUUGGGUGAUCUCAUUGCUGAGUUCAAUACUCUUCUUUAUUUCAUACCUAUGUGGUAGAUUUUGGUGCUGUUAAGUUCUUACGAUAAAAUAUUGAGUAUUUGUCUCCUUGCUAGCUAUUAUAUUGACAAUUAUGGUCGCUAAAUUUUAAAAAGUUAAAUAUUUAUAAACUGUUAGUUUAUCAUAAAUUUAAAAACACUAAGAAUGCUAAGUAGAAUUAAUAAGAAUCUGUACAUAAAGCAUAGUUAUGUAACUUUUACCUUCUCCAUGUUUUGUUAAUUUCUCAUUGCAUGUGUUGAUGUCUGUGAUUUACAUUAUUUGUAAACUUAUUGUUGCGACUCGAGUUACAAUGUUGGGUCUUGGCCUGCAGGAAGCUUUGGACAAUUAUAAGACCUUUAAUUGUAUUUUGAUGGAACUGAUUGUACAUUUUUGUUUAUGAAGCAUGUAAAGUGUUACCCACCAUUAAAGCUUUAUGUUAAAUUCAAAGAGUA